CAUCAAGAGAGAGAGUGACUAGAUUCCAAACACACACUUGUUUAGCAUCUGAUCAUUAUCAACUUUAUUCAAAUGGCCAAGCAAAAGAUUGUGGUGAAGAUGGCCGUGAACAGCGAAAAGAAAAGCCGUAAGGCUCUGAAGAUAGCUGUUAGUGUCGCGGGUGUGGAGUCGGCAUCUUUCGUUGGUUCAGAUAAACAUCAGAUAGCAUUGACUGGUGAACGAAUAGAUCCAAUACAAUUGACAAAGUUGCUAAAGAAAGGUGUUGGUCACACAGAGCUGGUGAGUGUUGGAUCCGUGGAGGAGACGGCUCCAGCCCCUCCCGCCAGUGCUACGGCUCCAGCCCCUCCCGCCAGUGCUACGGUUAGUCAAGCACCAAUCGUGGCGCCACAGAUAAAUUAUCCUUAUUGUUAUAACUAUGGUGUGCCGUAUAAUAUCUACCAAGGCCCAUAUAACAACGAUCUGGCUUGCUCAAUAAUGUGAGACAUCAUCAAAUGAAACAGAUUAUUAAUUAGCAAUAUGAUUUGUAAUGUGUGUAAUCAUAAGACUGUAUAAUUUAUAUUGUUAUUAAGUUGGUACGUGAGAUUUAUACAAAAAGACAUAAAAUCAUUCAUUA